AUGGCUUCCUCGGAGCAGCAAGACGACAAUGAGAAACCGCAUGAUGUGGAGCGCGACGCCGGCACACCGGCUAGUAGCGGCGACGACGGCGCGACCCUGACCGAUGGAACGCCCGCAGCGGCGGCUCCCGUGGUCACUAAAUACACACCAACACCAAAGGCGGAAACAGCAAACCCACCCGAAGCCGGCCGGACGCGGUGGGAGACAUGGCUCAUCAUGUUGGCGCUGUGCUCGGGCUUGUUCCUCGCCGCGCUCGACACCACCAUUGUGACAACGGCGAUCCCCACCAUUAUCGAGGAGUUCAAAUCGCCUUUGGGCUACACCUGGAUUGGAAGUGCCUACCUUCUGGCCAACGCUGCGGCCGCCCCCUCAUGGGGCAAGCUGAGCGACAUCUGGGGCCGCAAGCCUAUGCUGCUGUCGGCCGUGGCCGUCUUCUGGGUUGGCUCUCUGGUCUGUGCGCUGAGUAUCAGCAUGGGCAUGUUGCUUGCUGGCCGGGCCAUCCAGGGCAUAGGGGGUGGAGGCAUUGUGGUCCUAGUCAACAUAUCGAUUGCGGAUCUGUUCUCGAUGCGUCAGAGGGGGGUGUACUACGGCGUGCUGGGUAUGGUUUGGGCCAUAGCCAGUGCCAUUGGGCCCGUCUUGGGAGGCGUAUUCACCGAAAAGAUCUCAUGGAGAUGGUGCUUCUAUGUUAACCUCCCUAUCUGCGGCGCGGGAUUCGCCAUCCUCGUCUUCGUCCUGAAGCUUCACAACCCCCGCACGACCCUGCGCGAGGGCCUGGCCGCUAUCGACUGGCUCGGUAGUAUCCUCAUCAUCGGCGGCACCCUCAUGUUCCUCUUUGGCCUCGAAUUCGGCGGCAUCAUCUACGCCUGGAACUCACCCACCGUUAUCUGCCUGCUCGUCUUCAGCGUCGCCACCAUCAGCGUCUUCUUCCUUGUCGAGCACAAGUUGGCGAAGUAUCCUGUCAUCCCGCUGCGGCUCUUCCACAAACGCACUAGUGUUAUUUCCUUUGCCGUCUGCUUCUGCCACGGCUUCGUGUUCAUUAGUGGUAGUUACUGGUUAACCCUUUAUUUCCAAGGCGUCCUCGGCGUUUCGCCUCUCCUGUCCGGCGUCUAUCUCCUGCCUUUUGCCCUCUCGCUCUCCUUCGUCUCCGCCAGCACCGGCAUCUGGAUGAAGAAAACGGGACAAUACUUACCUGCCAUCAUCUUCGGCAUGUUGUUUCUCACCCUCGGCUUUGGCCUCCUCAUUAACCUCGAGUCCCACGCCAACUGGCCCAAGGUCAUCAUCUUCCAGAUCGUCGCGGGCAUCGGUGUGGGUCCCAACUUCCAGGCGCCCCUCAUCUCUCUGCAGUCCGCCGUCGACCGCCGCGACGUCGCCUCGGCCACGUCGACCUUUGGAUUCAUCCGCCAGCUCGCCACCUCGAUGUCUGUCGUCAUCGGCGGCGUCGUCUUCCAAAACGAAAUGCAGAAGCAGCACCCCUCGCUCCUCGCCAGCCUGGGGCCCGAACUUGCCAGUCAACUGUCGGGCUCUAGCGCGGUGGGUAGCGUCAGCGUAGUAGCCGCACUCACGGGCGAGCAGGGCGACAUCGCCAAGGCGGCAUACUGGAACAGUCUAAAGACCAUGUACAUAAUGUACACGUGUGUCGCCGGGUUGGGUCUUCUCAUCAGUCCGCUUGUCGGGCAGCGCAAGUUGAGCAAAGAGCACCAGGAGCACAAAACAGGCCUCAAGAGUUUGCAGACUGGUGCAGAAGGGGACAAGAAAGACCAGGCAAAGGGCCAGGAGCAGGGUACCGCAGCCAAAGAACCUAAUGUCUAG